UCUUUCUCCUCUACAUUUUUUUUAAUUGUCUACCCAGAAGGAAGCUUCCUCGGGUCAGUCAUGCUCGAGCGGCGACUGGCGACGCGUUUCGUCUGAAAUCCUCGUUUGUGAAGAGGAAGAUAUGGAACAGUUCUCCAAACCAGAAUGCAAAAACAUGGACGCGUGUCUGAGGCGACUGAAGCAAGAACUGACGUCUAUGAAAGAAGCCGGGGAUGGCCUCCACGCUCAGAUGAAUUCAAUGAUGGGAGCCCUUCAGGAACUCAAAGUCCUCCAGGUCCAGACGGCUCUAGAAAACCUGGACAUUUCAGGUCGCCCCAUUAACCGAGGGAUGCCACAUCCUGCUCCGCCAGCUAUUACAUCAACUACAACUGACGAAGCGUCAGAGUCAGAAAAGGAUCAUGGGCUACACUUUAGGCAAACUCUGCCAGAGGACAGCAGCCCAAGUCUGAUGCUAAGUCCAAGGUCAUCUUUGGGGAGCAGAAACACCUUCACGCUAGAAAGCAACAACUCAUCUCGAAACAGAAGCAGCCUGGGAACGUCUUCGUUCUCCGCAUCCAGUCUGCAGAGUGAGGUUGAAGGAACCUCCAGAACGGCAGAUGAGAAUGACCUUGAGUCAGUGCCCAAAAGAUGGUCAGGGUACACAGCCCCUCAAGUGGACUUCUAUGGCCCAAUGGUGGGAAACCCUCCACCAGAGCUCUGUCCUCACCCACAACCUCAUACUCAUGGUCACGCAGUGGACCUGCCUGGCAUCCUGUACAGCCUCUCCAGGGAGGGACCUUCACUAGACAGCGACUACUCCCCAGAGAGCACAGACGAUGCCAGCGACUGGACCUCUUCAUUAAUGAGCCGCAGCCGCAACCGCCAGCCCUUAGUGUUGGGCGACAAUGUCUUUGCAGACCUGGUGGGUAACUGGUUGGACCUGCCUGAGGUGGAGCGGGAGGAGGUGGAAGAAGAGGCAAGGAAGGGAGAGGAGAGGACAGUGGACGGAGGAGGGGAUAGGCCGGACACCCCUGCUCACCCUCUCCGCCUCAGCCGUUCACAGGAGAUCUGCAAGAGGUUCUCGCUAACCACAAACAUCUUCAAAAAGUUCCUGCGCACUGUCCGGCCUGACAGAGACAAGCUGCUGAAGGAGAGGCCAGGCUGGAUAGCUCCUGAGCUGCCAGAGGGCGACCUCUACAAAAGGCCGAAAAAAAUGGUGCCUAAAAGUUCAAAAGGCAGUUUCUACCUGCCGUUCUGGUCAAACGGACAGCAGAGCAAAGGCAGGCCAGGUCCAUGUCUAGGUGAACCAGAAAGGAGCCACCAGCACCGUCCACAUCACUUCCCCCUCUUUUACCAGCACCCAUUUGCAGAGCUUUAUGUAGACGGGAGACCGCCAGAGACUGGUGUGGAGAAAAUGCAGCCCUUGUUUGACUACAACACAGCUGUGUGGGUCUGACAGUGAGUCUGAGGCCAACUGAGCACCCUGUGAUGCCAGACUGAGUGAGUGACUGCUGGGUGUUAUUUCCCAGCAGGUGUUUAAGAAUGAUGGCUGAGCUGAAUGAAUGAAUGAAAACAUUAUUCUCCUCGAAUGGAGAUAUUAUCAGGUCACCAAAUUUCUCUGACAAUCCUAAAACUUUAACCUCGCUUCCUGUAUGUGUGUGUGUGUUUGUGUACUUGUAUUUAUAUCUUUGUGAGGUCCAGAAAUUGUACAAACCUAUGUUUGUGAGGACAAUAUGACCCUUUUGUCUGGCCCCCACAAGUUUAAAGGGCUUUUUCUGUUAAGAUCUGGUUUCAGGCUUAUUGUUGAUGGUUAAGGUUAAGAUAAGGGGCUAGGGAAUGCAUUAUGUCUUAUGACGUGUCCUCACUAAGAUAUAAAAACGAGUUUGUAAGCGUUUGUUUGAGCUGUAGAGUGAGUUUUUUGUAUUAUUUAAUUAGUGUUAUGUCUGUGUGCUUGUAUGACUGGGUUCUCUGUCUUAAAAAGGUGGUACUACAUCUUUCUCAAAAUGUCACCAUCAUUACUCCUGCAUAUAAAGUCUAUGCUACAGGACAAACUGUACAUCGUCAUCUCAAAUCUUUGCUUCUAUGAAUAGAAGCACCAACUGUUGGAUUGCACGGUUACUGUUUUUUAUAACGGAUGCUACAAACAGCUGUUAACAAACACACUGCCACUGAACAGAAGCUCCCUUUUGUUUCUAGGUUGUGACGCCUUGGUAACUGAGGUUGAGCUGGUCUUAUUCACUUUUGCUCAGGGACUAAAUGCAACAUAGGAGGAAAAAUAAUGUGACACUGCCACAUUUAUAUACAGUUUGGAGAAGUCCAAAGAUUGCACAGGACAUUUUGAGAUCGCUCUGCUGUGAUCAGAAAUGUUGUGCUUUUUCUCUCUGCCAUGUAGACAGAGCACAUUUGAAGUGUCAGUCUAAACUGGGUUGUUGUUAUACAGAGUGAGAGGAAAAGGAAAAAGAUAAGAGUACUGACUGACAGCCAUCUGAUACUCAGUUACGUAAAGCUUGUUCACUACAAGCUCAACUCAACACAAAUGCAAACGGCUCAGUUGAUCUCGAAGCUUUGAAACUCUGAACUAUGAUUGUGUUACAAAGGUGAACACAUUUGCGGGCUUUAGUAAUGACGGGAUAGUUGAAAGUGGACAUAAAAAAUCCACUAUCUCCAUCAGACAGGAUCAAGAUAAAAGAAUGCGUGUACAAAUCAGUGUACAUAUUUGCCGUCAGGCAGCCUGUAGCAUUAACAGGCGUUCUUCUGUAAUAUCUGACUGCAUGAUUUUCAUUAUUCUGCACAGAUAAAUGUGUACAUGACGAGCAACAUGUCAGUUCUUGUGUAAACAAAGCCACCACACUUAAACCACAAACCGCUGCAUUAAGCUACAAUAAUAUCUAUUCUGCUGUAUCGUAAUUUUUACGUCAUUUCAUAUACAUAUACGGAAUUCCUCAGGAUUACAGAUGACACUUCCCACUCUCUCCCAAUAUAUGCUUCUUCUGUUUAUGUUUAGGAUCACUGUAUGCAAAGACAAUCUGAUAGUCCAAGAUAUUGUAAAGGAAAAAAUAUGAUGCUACACCAAUUAUCCAGCAGGGAUUCGGCCUCAGGUCUUCUGAGUGUCUUGGCCAGUUGAUCCAUAUGGAGACGUCUCAGUAUUCAGUUCAAUACAUACGACACAUUCAGAGGGUCCAAAAAACACACACACACACACACACACACAGAUGGUUUCUGCUGAGAUGGUGUGAGACGUCACAAUACAUAGUAUGUGUAUGUAGAUAUAACAUUGAUUUUCUUUCUUUUUGUGUAAUAAGUGUCAUUUCUAACACUGUCGUUGAUAUUUUUCACCAGGGUUCUGCGAACCUCCAGUAAUUGAUUCUGUUUCAUGUGCACUGUAAAAACUGUCAGACUGACACUUUGUAAAUUAAAUGUUUUCAAGAAAGAAAUGUCGCUCUCU